CUGUCCAGUCCUUCAAGAUAUAUCCCUCUCACCCUGCGAGGUUGCUGCUGCACUUCGUUCCCUUGACGGCAGCAAAGCAACUGGACUUGAUGAGAUCUCGGCAAGGCUACUAAAAGAAACAGCUGAACAGAUCGCACCCUCUUUAACUUUACUCUACAACAAGUCACUCGAGACAGGCGUAUUUCCAGACGAGUGGAAAGUGGCAAAUAUUGUGCCGAUACACAAGAAAGAUAACAAGGAUCAUGUUGAGAACUAUCGUCCAAUAUCCCUGCUAAGUAUUAUCUCGAAAAUUCUAGAACGGUGUGUUCUGAUUCGUCUGCGUGACCAUCUAUUACUGAUGUUAGACCGUGCGCAACAUGGAUUCAUUCCUGGAAAAUCCUGCGUGACUCAACUGGUUGAAGUUAUCGACUACAUUGGCUCUUUACUAGACUCUGGCAAGCAGACUGAUGUGAUUUAUCUAGAUAUGUCGAAAGCCUUUGAUAAAGUGCAACACUCUCUUAUCCUUGAUAAACUACGCCAGUACAACAUCUCUGGUAACCUGUUGAACUGGUUUACAUCCUACCUUCGUGGGCGAAGACAACGUGUUACGGUACUUGGUGCGACAUCAAAAGAACGCAAAGUAACAUCGGUGUUCCUCAAGGUUCCAUCCUUGGACCAAUGCUCUUUCUUUUAUAUGUGA